GCAGGUCCUCAAGCAUAUGCGAGAGGUCACAGAGAGAAGGCAGCAGCUGGAAUUGGAGCAUGAGCAGGCACUGGCUAUCCUCGCCUUCAAGCAAAAUGAGGUCAAACGACUGCAGAGGGCUCAGUUUGCUGCAAAGAAGGAGCAAGAAGGGGUUGUUCAGAUGUUGGAGGCAACGGUUCUGGAGCUGGAGGAGAAAUGCCGAUGCCAGAGCGAGCAGUUUGCCCUACUCUCGCAGGAGCUGGAGAGGUUCCGCCAGCAGGGCAACCCAGACCUCUCCCAGCUGACCAAUGGGGUGCCAGAGUUUGGUCCGCUUGGAGCGGGUCUGGCAAGAUCGCAGUGGGCACCAGGUCCCCGCCGCCGUGUGCUGCCAUCGAUCAAUGUUGCGUCAGGAUCCACUGUCUGCACCCCCAAGUUCAGGCAACUCCCCCCCAAGUCUGGGCCCUUCCUACACCAUGCACGAAAGCUCCCCCAGUCCCAUGAGGUUGCGGCUGCCAGUGAGGUUAGGGGUUUGGAUAUCAGUGCAGCUCCUGUGCCCGGCAGAGGGGUCACUGCCAAAUUGAAGGUCUUCAUUGUCAGAUACAGCUAUGAUCCAUACGAAGGCCCCAACUACAACCCAGAAGUGGAGCUGCCCCUCGUGGCCGGAGAGUACAUCUGUGUCUAUGGGGAUAUGGAUGAGGAUGGCUUCUAUGAAGGCGAGCUGAUGGACGGGCGGAGGGGGCUGGUCCCUUCCAACUUUGUGGAACUGUUGUCCGAUGAUGUCAUAGUGGGCGGUCCUCCUGCCGUGGUCAAUGACCUCUCCCACAAUGCCCUCCAUGAGGGCAGCUUCCACAGCGAAGACAAGCUGACGCGUUUCUGCCCUGAUAGCUCUGAGAGGGCUGGGGAGGCCGCCGCCCCCGCGGAGGGGGUGCCAGGCAGAGACCUGAGCCCGAUGACCAACGGCUUCGACACGGACACGGAGGAGGCGGGCAUCGACGUAGUGCCUUAUCCGAGGAGGCUGACCCUGAUCAAGCAGCUUGCCAAGAGCAUCAUCAUCGGCUGGGACCCGCCUCAGGUGCCUGCCGGCUGGGGGAACGUGUGGAGCUACAAUGUGUACGUGGACAGGGAGCUGCGGCUUAACGUGCCCUUCGGCUCCCAGACCAAGGCGGUGCUGGAGCGCUUGGACGUCAACCUGAAGGCCUACAGGGUGUGCGUGCAGAGCGUGACCGAGAGGGGCACCUCGGACCAGCUGCGCUGUACCCUGCUGGUGGGACGGGACGUCUGUAUGGCCCCCACCCAGCUGAGGGUGGACCGCAUCACCGGCACCUCUGCCCGCCUGGCUUGGUUGCCCAGCAACAGCAACUACAUGCACACGGUGUCUUUAAACGACGGGGAGUGCUGGCUGAUCAAGGCCGGCGGCUACUCCCUGUCUCUCAGCGACCUCAGGCCCGGCCAGCUCUACAAGGUCAAGGUGGAGGCCAGGUCACACUGCACCCCCUGGGAGCUGUCCCUGUACGGGCGGGAGCACAAGUGCGCUGUGAUAACGUUCACCACGCUGACGGCGGGGCAUCCUGCUGCCCCCCUGAAUGUGCGGCUGGAGGCGGGCCCCUCCCCCGGCAUCGUCCUCGUCAGCUGGCAGCCGGUGUCCAUCAAUGGCAUCUCCAACGGCGUCCCCGUCACCGGGUACACCAUCUACUCAGACAAAAGAAAAGUGUUGGAGGUGUCCUCCCCCACGGCCACCAGCGCUCUGAUUGGGCCCUCACAGAUCCACAUCCUGCAGACUGCCCAGGAGCUGACAGUGCGGACGAUGUCACCUCAGGGGGAGUCGCCCGACUCUGUGCCUGUCCGAGUCCUUCCGAGCCUCAUGGCCACCGCAGCGGGGAUGACUUUCGCCCGGCCUUCGAGUCCUGGCACCCACGCAACAGCCCCGCCCCAGGAAACGUCAACUGCCAAACGCAACCCACCCGUAGACGCCCACGCCUCUUUCGUAGGAACCUCUCCCGAUGCUUACAAAGUGAUACCUACUGACAGUGCCACUGUUCGACCGCCAGAGGUCAGCGUGAACAGGUCCUCUGGCGGCGUUCAAACAUCAGCUGUAACCAAAGAGCCAGUGCAUCUGGGGAUGCCUCUUCCCACCAUCUCCAUCUCCGAGUGCCCCGAUCACGAGGUCUCCGGCGCCGAGCCCGACACGCCCGCAGCCGAGGUCAGUGCAGGCCCUGCCCGGGUUCCGCCCGCUCGGGCUGUCAUGGAAACCCACUUCCGCCCUCCCUCUGACCCCUUGCUGGAGGAGCCGGAGGCUGAGGAUCAGCCCCGCGGGGAGGGUGCCAGGGUGGUGUCUUUAGAUGAGUUCCUGGAGCUCAGCCAGCGCGCGCCAGAGCCCCAAAACACAGGGAGUCAGGACAACAGCUACCUGAAGAGACCCCAGGACUGUGCCUCUAAGCCAAUAGGGGUACAAAGCAAGGCAAAGGUGACCUCUGACCUCUCAGAUGCCCUGGAGGAGGAUGAAGGCCUCUACUCUGACAUCCCAGACGAAGAGUGUCAAGAGAGCUGUGGCGUCGGAGAGGAUGGCAAGGCUGACACGUGGGAGACGGACAGUGACGAGGAGCUUCUGGAAAGGAUCCUGAAGUCACAGACACACCAGAGGAAGGAGCUCUUCAGCAUUCCUGAGGUCACAGAGGAGGAGGACAACUGUGAAGAACCCGAGGAGAGUGAGCAGCGAAGGUCUCCCCAAAUCCAGCGCUUACACCCAGAGCAAAAGAGGCCGGGGGUCCCGGACGGUGUCGGUCACAGCCCCGCCCUGAAGGCGCUGCAGAGCGGUGGCUGUGUGGCCCAAAGCGACCGGUGCUUUAAUACCAAAUGCAAGCCCCCUGAAAGCCCGCACCCCGGCCCCAAGCCCCAGCACCACACCAGCAGGGCCCAGAGUGGCCAGCGGUUCGAGGACGCGGCCCAAGGACACAGUGGGUACGGCACCAUCCCCCAGACCAAGAGCAAGAGCAAGAAGCAGCGCAGGGUCCACUACUCCGACGUCGUGGACACCAUCAGCUACCCGGAGGAGGGCUACGACUCAGACAGCAGCGUCUACGUCCCCAGCAAGGGGGUCAGGAAGGGCUCGCACCUGAAGGGGCACAGCCCCCAGCUGGCGAAGGGCGGGGGGGACCAGCUCAGGAGGGAGGCAAUUCUGAGGAACCAGAUGGCCUCGGACCGACUGGCGGCGGGCCAGUACCUGGGCAGCAGGACUGUGGUGAGGACCACGGCGCCGGCGGGCUCCAGGAUGGAGAUCGACGUGGAGUACGGGACCGAGGACGAGGAGGAGGGCCUGCCCUUCGACCCCGCCGACGUGGUGGUGGAAGAGAUGAGCUCGGAGUGGUGGGUGGAGGGAGGCCGCUCCAAGGUGCUGGAGGAGCUGAGGGACUGUGCCGCCAGCUUCCAGGCUCUCGCCUGCGGGGCGCGGAGGACCAAGCGGCCAGAGAUGCUGGACAGCGUGCCCUUCGAGCCUGAGGCGGCCACCUUCCAGCAGCACCACCAGAGCAGAGGAAAGACUGUCCGGAGGCUAGAGUACCACACCGCAACACCGCAGCGUGCCAAACUUGAGCAGACGACAAGGAGCUACAGCGCUGAUGGCGGCUAUCCGAGGGUUACUGUCAUCUUAACGCCCUGUUAG